AUGGGUAGCUUCACACAGGCCAGGGGCACCAGGGAACCAAUGGGCGCUGAUUUACAUUGUAUACAGUGAGUAAGUAGUAAACUAGCUGUAUUUUCUUCACAAAUCCUGGGAGUGGAAUCUUUUGCACCGAGAAACACAGAGGUAAAGGUCCGGACAAAAGCUGCAGGAAUGUCCGAAGUCCGUGUUGAGUCUGAGUCCAGGAAGGCUCCAGCCCAGGACAUGCAAAUGGGUUCAUCUUUGGAGGCUGAGAAUACUGAGGACAUUCGAAGAGAGAGCAAGGAGGAUGCUCACAGCUUUGAUUGUACUGACUAUGUACUGAACAAUGAAGUGCCUCAUGAUGACAGAGCAGAAAACGACAGUGAUGUUCAAAAUGACAAUAUUCAGAGCAACAAAAUUACACAAACCAGUGUGAAUGCUGAGCAUGAUGAUGAUGUUCCAAACACUAGUGGCAAUGCACAUUCUGACAAUGCCGGUGCUAAAAGGGAAAAUUGCCAUACAGUGACUACUGAUAAUGAUACACCAAAGGAACAAAAGAAAAAUGAAGAUACUCAUACAAAGGACAGCACUAUGGAUGAGGAGGUCCACAGGAGCCCUGCGGCAGAGAUAUCGGUCACCAGCAAUGGAGACUUGGAGGAGAGCCACGAGGAUGUGUUCAGGGACCCUUCUUACGGUGACCUGAACCUGUCAGAAAGCCAUAUCAGCUCCGGCAACUUUGCCUCGAUGAUGGAGGGCAUCAUUGAAUCAGGACCAUACAAAGGCACUAUGCAAGGGCAGCCACAUAGCGGGCCGGUGGUCCUGGCAGAUGACUUGAAGAACCCGGCCAUGGAGAAACUGGACCUAGUGAGGAAGUGGAGCAUCAACACGUACAAAUGCACCAGGCAGAUCUUGUCGGAGAAGCUGGGCCGCGGCUCACGGACGGUGGACCCGGAGCUGGAGGGGCAGAUUGAAGUGCUGCGUGACAACAAGCGCAAGUACGAGCACGUGGUCAAGCUGACCCAGACUCUGGCCAACCAGCUCACCCAGAUGAUGCAGACUCAGCGGCAGCUGGGUGACGCCUUCGCUGACCUUGGCCUCAAGUCGCCGGAGCUCCAUGAGGAGUUUGGCUACAAUGCUGACACUCAAAAACUUUUGUCCAAAAAUGGGGAGACCCUAUUGGGAGCAAUCAACUUCUUCAUUGCCAGUGUGAACACACUGGUGGACAAAACAAUUGAGGACACUAUGAUUAACAUCAAACAGUAUGAAAUUGCCAGAGUUGAGUUCGACGCGUACCGCACAGACCUGGAGGAAUUGAACCUGGGCCCGCGGGAUGCCACCACGCUGCCCAAGAUAGAACACUCCCAGCAACAGUUCCAGAUCCACCGCGAGAAGUAUGAGAAGAUGCGCAACGACGUCUCCGUCAAGCUCAAAUUCCUGGAAGAGAACAAGGUGAAAGUGUUGCACAACCAGCUGAUCCUCUUCCACAAUGCCAUCGCGGCAUACUAUGCAGGAAACCAGCAGCAGCUGGAUCAGACGCUCAAGCAGUUCCACAUCAAGUUGAAAAUGCCCGGCGGGGAUACGCCAUCUUGGCUGGAGGAGCACUAAUCAACCGACCCACCCCUCCCAAAAAAUCCACUGUGGUUUGGUCUGGAGAGGCUCCAGAAUUACUGUGAAGCAACAGGAAACGCUCUCCGCUCCUUGUCUGCCUCUGUUCCUCCCACUUUUCUUCAGGAUUGUAAAAGGUUUUUAGGCAAAGCAACAAAGACAAAGAAUUAAUAAAAAAACUAAAAUAUUUGUCAAUCUCUUGGUUGAUAAACUGUAAGUUCUGUUUUCUACUAUUUUCUCUUGUUCUUCCUGAACAAGGAAAUCCAUUGACCGUUGUUCUAAUCGUGAAGUGGCACUCUUUCUCUCGUUCCCUUUUUUACUUGGAACUGUUGCAGUUCUUUUCGAAUCAUGGGAAAUUCACUUUUUGGGGUUGAUUUGACAAAUCUAGUGAGAAGCACGGAGAUGUUAAAUACAUUUUGAAAAGUGUAUGGCCUUUUUACUCCAGCUUAUUAAUGUUGUAGCUCGAUACCGCAGAGACAUUUUGGGGACAAAAUGUCCAUCCUCUAUUUGGCUCUGCAUCCAGUAGGAUAAUUUAUCUCCACUUGUUGUAAAAGUUUGCCCACCCAUUGAUGAAGUAACACUAAUGAUAGGCAUCAUUAAAUUUACAUGAUGUAUCAUAAGCUUGUGUGACACCUGUUAUACCCAGUGUAUGACUGUAGGAAAUGGAUUACCGCAGCCUUGGAAUUCGAUAGCGUAGAUUAGAUGGUUGGUUUUCACUGUUUGUCAUUGUACUGUAAUGAAUAGCGCCGCUGGGCAUUUUAUAAGAAGUGUCAAUGUCGUGUUUAUGGUGCUAUUAUGUUGCAGUAAUGAUGUUCAAGUAGUGUUAACCAUUUGUGUUUGACUUUAAUCAUGGGUAUAUGAUGGACAAUAUUAAUUAUUGAAUUGAACAUUUUGUAAUUCCAGAGAAAUUGAAGGACCAGCCUUACCACGUGAACUUGAUGUGCCUUGUUUUAUGUCUGUACAACUCUCUCGCUCUGUCUGGUGUUUCAGCUAAACACAGACCCCUCACACUGCCAGCUUCAGGACCAUAUAGCAGUAGAUGGAUAAAGAAUGGACCAAACAUACCUAUAUUACAUACACUCCAAACCAACAUAAACCACUCAAUUGUUCCAUUUCACUAUUACCUCAACGUGUGAGUUGAAUCCUUUUUGCUGCAUUUAAGGGGGGUAAAUAUGAGUAAACUGCUAGCGAUUUAGCUGCUAAUUAAAGAGUGAGACUUAUCUGCUUUAAAACUAACCUAUAUGCUAAAUGAGAACGUAAAUAUUUGCAUUUUGGAAUCAGAGCAACAAAAGUUCAGUCUUGGCAUUGUACAACGACAAUCUCUAUGCUAGUUAAUGGCGCAAACAGCAUAAUGUGACAGUGAAAUAGGGUGAUUCCCUUGACUUCCCAAUUGCAGUCACUUUUUAAAACGUUAUCCUCUCAAGUAUAUAAUAUCGCACAUUUAUGUACUAUGAGACAAAAAAAACACUUGUGUAAGAACUGUGUAUAUGAGAUGAAACCUAAAUGAAAGUGGACUUGGAAAAACUUCUUGUACAUAGGAAAGACCAGCAUCCUUUUCUUGAGCUUCUAACCUUUUGAAUAGUUAUUUUCUGAAUACUAUAGUUAUUUCCUUCGAAAGGACCACAGGUAUUCUAGCCAGCUGUCUCGUCCCUGCGGGCAAAAUAUGGCAUGGGAUUUCAUAAUGAUAUAUUCUGGUUGUUGAAAUGUUAAGAUAGCCAGAUGACAACCAGGUGAAGACCUCUUUUUUUGUGACGCCAUAUUUUGGUUCUGGUAAAAUUAUAUCUGAACACCUUCCCUUUAGAACCUGACCAUAAUGUUCACAAAAGACAUCAUAAUGACGGUAUUGCAACCACUUUUGCCCACUGGGGUUCCUGUCUUCUACUUGUACCGUUCCUGCUGUACAACAGCGUGUGUGUAUUGUACAUCAAUCUGUUGUUCAAUGACAUGAUGUAAGCAUAGAUAAAUAUAUAUAUUUGUAAUUUCCUCUUUUAUCUUACAUAUAUUAUAGGGUAUAUGAAUGAAGCCAUGGGGCAUUUUUCUCAUGCUGAUUUACAGAUGUUGAGUUCAAAAACAGGUUUCUGAAUGUUGUGCAAUGUCUUUUGGGGGAAAAUAAUAAAAUGUUUUCAUAAAUGGC